AUUGUUCCCGGUCGAUUUUAUUAGAUUUCUUUCCAUUGACGUUUCGAGGAAAGCGGGCAGGCGAGAUUUACCUGGAAUUGACAUUUUAUUCAGCCCAACCGGCAUCUGCGAUUCAACAACCAGUGCGAUACGCUGCUCGUCCACCACCGACGGGGAUGCAUCCUCCACCUCCAAUGCGUCCGGCUUAUCCUCGUCCCCCCGUGACGCUCGCACCUUCGACGCCCAUGAUGGUCACAUCCGGUCCGAUGCAUCCACCGCCUCGCCCUCAUCUUGUUCAAUCCAUGUCCACUCCCGUUCGCACCAACGGCAACGGCGCAUAUCACGCGCAUCCGAGGCCUGCACCGUCGCCUUAUCCAAUGCCACAUGCUAUGCCUUCACCUGCUGGUUCGGGUGUAGCACGUCCGGUUCCACCAUCGCAUUAUCAACCAUCGCCUCAUCCGCCUAUGGCCCCGGUAUAUUCGCGUCCCAUGCAACAGCAACAUCAUCCAUUGCCGACCCGUCCAUCUUCAAAACCAUUGCCUCCCGCGCCGUUGCUGUCAGCACCCUAUCAACCUACUGCACCGCCAGCUCACCACGGUCACCCUCCUAUGCAAGGAAGACCCGUGCAUUAUCCACCGCCGCCAUCGUCAGUACCAUUCCCUGAACCACAUCGCUCCGCCAGCUUUGCUUCACGACCUCCACCACCUCAGCCUCAUGGUGCUGUGCACCCUGCGGGAGGAGCUGGUGGUCAGCAUGUUUACGCUGGCGCGCGUCCUACUUACUCACAUCCACAUUCCGGUCCACCUCCUCCUCACUCUGGUGGAUCUCAUUACCCUCCACAACCGACACCUCAACGGUAUCCACCUGGCGCCACGGGGUAUCCUCCCCGACCGGGAUAUCCUACAUUCUAAACAAAAGAUCCUUCCAUCCAAUGUGUUUUGUUUUAUUUCUUAUUCAUACUCCCAAUUUUUGUAGCACGCAAUUGUAUAUGAACUAUUAACACAUGCAUGUCCUCCCUCAUUUGAUGCAUCCUCCUUCUUUGAUGCAAUGAAUUACCAUUCCUACAGUUUACUGUAUAUCAAAAAUUUCAGUGAUAUAGAAUAUUCAUUUAUGCUUUUUUUUAUUGUGCCAUUAGUAUUACAUACAAGUAACAUCUUGUCAAAAGGGAAAAUAAUAAUAACCCCAAGGAAAAUUAAGCAAUAAAGGGGAACAUGGCUUUUCGGUUACGAGGAUAGCCCUUGAAUUCUUUUCGGUAAAUCUUGUGCUUCUUGACGGCCCAGAUGUACAUUUGACCGGUGGCGACAAUGUUAAAGAGAAAAGCUAGAAGAUUGAUCAUGACUAAGCUUGAACUGCGAAAUGGGCGUUUUGGCGGAGAUAUC